UGAUAAAAAAAAAAAUGUAGGAUACAAAUAACAAAGUGGUUUUGACUUUUAGAAAUGCUAUAUAUGAUUCCAAAUCAUGCGGCUUAUGUGCUGUGGUUUUUUAUUCUUGAUAAUUGGUGGUGGGGGAGUGGAAUUACUUAAUAUCGAACGUUUAUAAAAUAAUACUCUUACCACAGAGGAUAAUGGCGUGGUCAUCCCUGUUUAUCGACCAUAUCCUGAGCACAAUGAUAAAAUUUUCAUCCUCAUAAUACGUGGUUUUAGGAGCACUUAUCUUUCUUUUCUUUUUUUUUUUUAAUUUUUAAAUUUUAACCAAAACCCAGAAAAAAAUGGAGCUAAAAGGGGUAGAACUGUAAAGACAAGGACAAAAACGAAACUCCAUGAAGGUCAUAAUAAGAAACAGAGGAACAUGGGAAACUGAGAUUUGCAGUAAGCAAAAAAGUAGGAUAAAAAGGGAAAGAGUGUUACGAAAGUUCUUUUCCUUUUUCUUUUACAUGACGAUUUUUUAUGUGAAGGCUAAGGAAAAUGACAGUAGUUGUUGUUAUCACUGCAGUUAAACUUUCUGCUUUGUAUACUUCUAUGGUUAUGCUAUCACAUUCCCUCUAAUUCCUCAACUACCCUUCCCUCUUUUACAGUUCCUUUUCUAUUUUUUCUUACAUUUCCCAACAACAACAGCAGCAACCCAUUUUCCAUGAGAAGGGUUUUUUUACAAGGAAAAGAAGAAAAAAAAUAUUUUACUUUUUGGGGUUUUCUUCUUCUCUCUUUUUGUGGAAUUUUCUUUUAGCUGUUUCGUAUGGAAGUUGGUGGAGGUUCAGAGGAAUGUUGUGUUAAGGUUGCGGUUCAUGUAAGACCACUUAUCGGUGAUGAGAAGGUUCAAGGUUGUAAAGACUGCGUUACUGUCAUCCCAGGAAAGCCUCAGGUACAAAUUGGUACACAUUCCUUUACAUUUGAUCAUGUGUAUGGGAGCACCAGUUCUCCUUCUUGGAUGUUUGAGGAAUGCAUUGUGCCACUUGUUGAUGGCUUAUUCCAAGGAUAUAAUGCUACUGUUCUUGCUUAUGGUCAGACUGGAUCAGGUAAAACAUAUACUAUGGGCACAGGCUUCAAAGGUGGCUCUCAAACAGGAAUCAUUCCUCAAGUAAUGAAUGCUUUGUUCAGCAAGAUUGAAAAUCUAAAACAUCAAAUCGAAUUUCAAUUGCAUGUGUCCUUCAUUGAGAUCCUGAAAGAAGAAGUGCGAGAUUUGUUGGAUCCUACUUUUUUGAACAAAUCAGAUACUGCAAGUGCGAAUACUGGGAAAGUAAAUGUCCCUGGAAAACCACCAAUACAGAUUCGUGAAUCAUCAGAUGGUGUUAUUACACUGGCAGGAUCUACUGAAGUUAGUGUCAGUACAUUAAAAGAAAUGGGUGCGUGCUUAGAACAGGGAUCUUUGAGUAGGGCUACAGGGAGUACAAACAUGAACAAUCAGUCAAGUCGCUCACAUGCAAUAUUCACCAUCACCUUAGAGCAAAUGCGUAAACUCAACCCUGUUUCUGGAGAUGGAAAUCCUAAUGAUUCUAUGAGUGAAGAAUAUCUUUGUGCCAAGUUACAUUUAGUAGAUCUUGCUGGAUCAGAGAGAGCAAAAAGAACAGGUUCCGAUGGGAUGCGUUUUAAAGAAGGAGUUCAUAUCAAUAAGGGCCUACUUGCACUUGGUAAUGUCAUCAGUGCACUUGGUGAUGAAAAAAAACGCAAAGAAGGUGUCCAUGUUCCAUAUCGAGAUAGUAAACUUACUCGGCUUUUGCAGGAUUCACUUGGUGGCAACAGUAGAACUGUCAUGAUAGCCUGCAUUAGUCCUGCUGACAUCAAUGCUGAGGAAACCCUGAAUACUUUAAAGUACGCAAAUCGUGCUCGCAAUAUCCAGAACAAGCCAGUUGUUAACCGAGAUCCUAUGUCCAAUGAGAUACUAAAGAUGCGCCAACAAUUAGAGUAUCUGCAAGCAGAACUUUGUGCCCGGGGAGGUUCUGGCGAAGUACAGGUUCUCAACGAAAGGAUUGCUUGGCUUGAAGCUGCCAAUGAGGAUCUGUGCCGAGAACUUUACGAGUACCGUAGCAGAUGCACCAUUGUCGAGCAACGUGAAAUGGAUGCUCAAGAUGGUAGUCCGUGUUCUGUUGAAAGUGAUGGGCUGAAAAGGAACUUGCGCAGCAGAGAAUCAAGGGACAAUCAAAUUGUUGAAACCAUGAUAGGAGGUGAUUCCAGAGAAAUUGAGGAAGGAGCAGCUAAAGAGUGGGAGCACAUGCUUCUACAAAAUACUAUGGACAAAGAGUUGCAUGAGUUAAAUAGACAGUUAGAGGAGAAAGAGUCCGAGAUGAAAGUUUUUGGGGGCCACACAGUUGCACUCAAGCAGCAUUUUGGGAAGAAAAUUCAGGAAUUAGAGGAAGAGAAAAGAGCUGUGCAGCAAGAGAGGGAUCGGUUAUUGGCUGAAAUUGAAAAUCUUUCUGCCGGUUCUGAAGGACAAGCACUGAAAGUGCACGACAUUCAUGCUCAGAAACUAAAAUCCCUUGAAGCACAGAUUAUGGAUCUUAAGAAAAAACAAGAGAACCAGGUUCAACUUUUAAAAAAGAAACAGAAGAGUGAUGAAGCGGCAAAACGAUUACAAGAUGAAAUUCAAUACAUAAAGGCGCAAAAGGUUCAGUUGCAACAUCGGAUAAAACAAGAGGCAGAACAGUUCCGUCAGUGGAAAGCCUCUCGAGAAAAGGAACUAUUGCAGUUACGGAAAGAGGGUCGGAGAAAUGAGUACGAAAGGCAUAAGUUGCAAGCUUUAAAUCAACGCCAGAAACUGGUUCUCCAAAGAAAAACAGAGGAGGCUGCAAUGGCCACCAAGAGGCUAAAAGAGUUGCUUGAAGCUCGUAAAUCUGCUGCUCGUGAUAACUUGGCUAUUGCCAAUGGGAAUGGAACAAAUGGGAAGAUCAAUGAGAAAGGAUUACAACGUUGGCUAGAUCAUGAGUUAGAAGUCAUGGUGAAUGUGCAUGAAGUUCGCUUUGAAUAUGAGAAGCAAAGCCAAGUGAGAGCUGCAUUGGCUGAAGAGUUGGCCGUGUUGAAACAAGUAGAUGAGUUAGAUUCAAAGGGGCCGAGCCCUUCAAGAGGAAAGAAUGGAUGUGCUAGGGGAUCCUCCUUGUCACCAAAUGCAAGAGUGGCACGAAUAUCUUCACUUGAGCAUAUGCUUGGCAUAUCAUCUAAUUCACUUGUAGCAAUGGCUUCACAACUUUCAGAGGCAGAAGAGCGGGAGCGUGCGUUCACUAACCGUGGACGUUGGAAUCAGUUGCGCUCCAUGGGAGAUGCAAAGAACUUGCUUCAAUAUAUGUUCAAUUCUCUCGGAGACUCAAGGUACCAGUUAUGGGAAAAAGGCAUAGAAAUCAGGGAAAUGAAAGAACAACUUAAGGAACUUGUAGGUCUGUUGCGGCAGAGUGAGUUACAAAGGAAAGAAGUGGAGAAUGAGCUAAAAUUAAGAGAACAGGCUGUAGCCAUUGCACUGGCUACAUCAGCUACGGGGAACUCGCCUAUUUCAUUGAAACACAUAGAUGAUGAUGUGAAAAGUUCAUCAUCUCCAAUGUCUGUGCCAGCACAGAAACAGCUGAAAUAUAGCCCAGGUAUUGUUAAUGGUCCAGCCAAAGAGUCAGCAGCAUUCAUAGGUCAAACACGGAAGAUGAUACCGCUCGGACAAUUACCAAUGAAAAAGUUAGUAGCUAAUGGACAAGCUGGCAAUGGCAAACUGUGGAGGUGGAAAAGAAGCCAUCACCAAUGGCUCGUACAAUUCAAAUGGAAAUGGCAAAAGCCAUGGAGACUUUCGGAAUGGAUUAGACACAGUGAUGAAACGAUAAUAAAGGCAAGGCCUCGUUCACAAGUUCUGACAUAUAGAGUCUGAUAUUUGAUGGUCACUGGAUUACGUUGGCCAUGUUAAUCUUUGAUUAUAUGCAUGUUCCUAGCCAAAGCUGUGCGGUCGAGCCUAGAAAAGAGUGCAGGUAAACACACCGCCCAUCCAAACUCACUCUUAGUUGAUGCAGUCUUCUGGAACUGGCUGUUGAAACCUCCCUAUGCUGCGUCAGUUUAGUUUGAUAUCAAAAAUGUCAGAAAGUACAGGUUUUUAAUCAUAAAAAAUUUGCUCUGAUUAUUGUGUUGGAGAGCAUCUUGUAAAGAAGUGGCAAUGCCGCAGAUGGCAUGCCAAAUACAUUGAAGACAUUAGCAUGAGAGGGUUUCAGUGGUGAUGCUUUAGCGAAAGUAUGUUCGGGUCUCAACACGAGCUGUCUCCAAGGUUGUGCUGUAGUUUCCAUCAAUAACACACUUUGAGGGAAGAAAUUGUUCCCAAUUCACAUAAAUUUAAUUAAAGGUGCUGUCUAAUUGUAUUUCUUCUGUUUUUGCUUUUCAUUUUUCACCCAAUUUUGUUUUUUCUUACUUCAUACGUACGUUUCACAGUGUGUAAGCUUGUUAUUGUUGGACUUUGUAACAUUUUCAGUCAUUAUGCAAGGAAAUUUUUAA